UAAGGUGAUUAUUGUUGGACUGGACAAUGCCGGAAAGACGACAAUACUUUACCAGUUUUUGAUGAAUGAAGUUGUCCACACGUCGCCCACGAUAGGAAGCAACGUGGAGGAGAUUGUGGUUAAGAAUACCCACUUCCUAAUGUGGGACAUCGGUGGCCAGGAGUCUCUCAGGUCCUCAUGGAACACCUAUUACUCAAACACAGAGUUUAUCAUCUUAGUGGUGGACAGCACCGACAGGGAGAGGCUGGCCAUCUCAAAGGAGGAGCUCUACAGGAUGUUGGCCCAUGAGGAUCUCCGGAAAGCAGCUGUGUUGAUAUUUGCGAACAAGCAGGAUAUGAAGGACUGCAUGUCUGCUGCUGAAAUCUCCAAAUACCUCACCCUGAGCUCCAUCAAGGACCACCCCUGGCACAUCCAGUCGUGCUGUGCCCUGACGGGAGAGGGGCUAUGCCAAGGCUUGGAGUGGAUGACCUCAAGGGCUGGACUAAGAUAACCCCCCCCCCGCUAGAUGGACUGCCUGUUUGCUCCACUGAAGAUGUGUUGGUGGAAGGUCAACCUCUGCGGUCAACGCUUCAAACAAGUGCUACUGCGCUGCUACUCUAGCUUGCUGUCACCCAUUACGGAAUCCCCAGUACUGCUACUCAGGCUUACUCUCACCCAUUACAGAGUCCUCAGUACUGCUUUGCCAUCAUCAGUGCUGCUACUCUCACCCAUUACAGAAUCUCCAGUACUGUUACUCUGGCUUACUCUCAACAUUACAAAAUCUCUAGUGCUGC